UCAGAACGCACAGUUCCCUACGUGAGAGCACGGCACCCGCACGCUCCUCCUGCUGUUUCCAAUUUCAUUUCAUUUUUUACCUCCUCCUCUCCCACGCAUCCGCGUCUGGACUCCACCAUGGCGGCAGUUCGAAGCGCAGCCAUCUCCGCUGCCGCAGUCGUUGCGCCGCGCGGCUUUGGCAGGCGCCGUCGUCUUGUCCCCUGCUUCGCGGCGCCUGCACGAGGCGCAUCAGGAGUCACCGCCUCCGCUUCCGGGAAGAUGCUCCCGCGCUCUGCCCUACAUGCUAGCGCCUCCACCACUGGGGCGCCCGACUCAGACGAGGCCGCUGCGUUCCUUGUGCAGGAAUCUUUGGUGGAGGCGGAGCUGAGCAAACUCGCCUGCCCAAUCUGCUAUUACCCGCUCGUAAGCUCGAUAGAUCAUCAGUCAGCGCCAUCCAAAUCCGAUUCUACCCUUGAAUGUUCUACCUGCAAGAAAUUGUUCUCUAAGGAUGAUUACUGGGAUCUGACUGUGGCAGUUGGUUCUACUGAGUACUCCGAGACCAUGCCUGCUGCAACUGAGCUUUUCAGGACCCAACUGGUAUCAUUUCUUUAUGAGAGAGGAUGGCGCCAAAAUUUCAUAUGGGGUGGUUUCCCAGGCUUAGAGAAAGAGUUUGAGAUGGCUAAGGAUUAUUUGAAGCCAAAAAGUGGAGGGAUUAUAAUUGAUGCAAGCUGUGGAAGUGGGUUAUUUUCAAGAUUAUUUGUUAAAAGCGAACUAUAUUGCCUUGUUGUGGCACUAGAUUUCUCAGAGAAUAUGUUGAAGCAAUGCAAGGAAUUCAUCAAGCAGGAAAACAUUUCAGACGAGUGCUGCAAUUCAUUGUUGGCCAUCCCCAGCUUGUGCUUUAUAAAGAUCAUUGGAAACGGGCAUAGCACUAUGAUCACGAUGGGGAUAUGCACAUGUCCGCUAUCACACACACAGGGAAUCGAUAUAAGUAAGAAGCAAGAUGCAAGAAAUCUUUUUCAGGUUGCAGAAAUCAGUCGAGUCCUUCGCCCUGGGGGUGUUUUUGUUGGUUCUACUUUCAUAGCAGAUGUUCUUCCACCAGUAAUCCCAUUACUGAGGAUUGGACGCCCGUACAUUGAUCAAAUCACAGGCAAUAAUACCUUCUUAUCAGAGCUGGAGCUUGAAGAUCUUUGUAGUGCAUGUGGGCUGGUUAAUUUUACAUUUGUCAGAAAUGGAUUCUAUAUAAUGUUCUCUGCUACUAAAGCAAGCUAGUUAAAUAACUGAAGAACCACCUGAAGCAUUAUCACAUAGCUCCUUGAUUAUGCAUUGUUCCUCGUAAGCCAACCUUUCUGUCAGCACUGAUAGUUUUGCUUAAGGUAUGUGUGAUGUGAAUAGCGAAAGCGUACGUUUGACUUCACUGACGUCAUAGUGGGAUUGAUCAUAGCAAUUAUUUAUGUAAAAGUUGAAGAAAAAAUCUUCAUGUAAAGCAGUGGAGGUCCUUAACCUGUAAAUUCUGUGCAUUCUUGUAUUGAUUUGAUUCAAGAGCGUUGAUCGCCUAGCAGUGAUGUCGGACGGUCUUAGUGGAGAGUCUGUGCUGAGGUAGGAACCUCGAAAGAUUUCUCGGUUCCUGACCUCACCAGUCCUAAAAUAUUUGUAGACUCAAGUUUGUUGAAAUCUUGGAGAUGACUGGACCGUCUGAAAUGUAAGUUAUCAAUGUGCUUUUUUUUUA